AUGGAGGCCGACCCAGUUCACAAUCGCUACCGCUCUCGCAUUCUAAGGGAAAUGAAUGCCAACCGCGACAACCCUUUCAACUCCCCUCCUUCCUCGACCGGCUCUCACGGUACCGUCAGCCCAACCAUGUCCUCCGUCUUCUCAGACCCCGAAGGCGAAUCUACCCGCAGACUCAACGAGGACAUUGCUCGCAUUGUUGGUCCUUCAAACGGCAGGCUUCAAGUCGAUCUGGAAGCCGCCCACCGCAAGUGGCCUGAAUUCUACGGUAAGCCCAAGAACGCCGAGACAAGAAACGACCGGGCCACCAGCAAAACUACUGGGUCGAUGAGGCGCAAAGAGGACGUCUCCCAUAAAAGCAUAGUACAAAAAUAUCUCUCAACAAUUGACGACACUACACAAGACACCUGGCAAGGCUCUAAGAGGACGCGCGCCGAAAUGCAGCCCCGCGUCGAUAACGAGUCCGACCUGUCUUCCAACAUCUCCAAGUCGCCGUUCCGGUUUGACAUUAACGCUGAAAACUUCCGCUUUAACCCCCACCAACAACACAACCAAAGUCCGUUGGCUAGAGGACACGCCCGCAGCGUCUCAGGUAAUUACAAGGCUGCCCGACGGGCCUCCAUGGCCGCAAAGACCGAUCGUUGGAAGUCGGACUUUCUGGCACCUCAUACCCAAGCAACGCCCAAGCAGGCGCCAGUCGAGAGUGCUCCUGAGAACAAGCCUACACCAGUUACCUUCAAUACUAUUAGGAACACAUUCCCAUCCCCAGCGACGACCGACAGCCCUGCCCAGAACGGAGCCACAUCCCGAUCAUUCUUUAUGCCCGACAUCUCCCAUCUCAACGAUUUUAUCUCGGGCAACCUCCGUUUUGACGGUGCCGUAAAGAACGGCGUUCCUGUAUUCGUCAAGAACGGCCGCGUGCGUGACCGCAUCGAGACUUUACCGCCUAACGACCAUGCCGAGGUCGAUGGCCUAGCAAUCCCUGAGGACGAAGAAAACAUUUUUGUGUCUAUGGAUAUGCUCCGAGACGAAAUUUGCAAUCUUCAGGAACAUGAUGAUCUGGUGCAGAGACAUGCCCUCGACCUUGAGCAUCAGGUCGAUCACCUGCAAAACGAGCUCAAGCGACUGAAGGGCCGGAAGUCUAUCGAUAGUGCCCUUGGCUCUCGCACCGGCUCGGAGCCCGAGACUGCCGCCGAUGAGCGGUACAACACGGAGAAGCUGCAACUUGAAUCCCGAAUGGCAGCAUUGCAAGCCCGACUGGACCAGGCAACCACCCGGAUCGGCAUCAACGAGGUUGAGAACAACACCUUAUCGCUCGAGAGAGACCGGGCGCUGAAGAAGCUUCAAGAAGCGUGUGUCAACAUCGGCGAGCUGAUGGACAAGAUUGAGAUGCAGGACAAGGAGCUUCACGAGACUCAGGAAAAGCUCAACGCCACGCUAGAAAUCAACAAUAACCGGGAGAUUGUUCGUCAAGAAACUUCAAAUGUUAAGCAUGGCAAAGACGUUCCACAGGUAGACAACAAGUCUCUUCAAGCAGACAACAAAACCCUUCGCCGAGAACAGGAGGCUCUGCAACAAGAGCUGGAGGAGCUGCGAGCAGACAAUAAUUCUCUGCGCCGAGAGCAGGAAUCGCUCAUCCAAGAAAAUCGGUCGCUGCGCAGUAACACGCGGUCACUUAUGGCCGAGAAUGAGGAGCUUCGCCAGGUUGCUGAGAAUGCUAAGGAGGACAUUGAGGCUGCUCGCGAGGAAGUCGAAGCUUUGCAGGUAGAGCUUCACACCAUGGAGCAGGAGAAAUCGACUCUGAAAGAGGAUAACGAUAGCCUCGUUCGCCACAACGAGAAGUACUUUAACGAGAACAAGAUCCUUCGACGCGAGAACUCGGGCUUUGAGAGAAGCAUCCACGAUCUUCACGACGAAAACAUGCGUCUCAAGGAGGAGAUUGAGACCCUCAAGCAACAACUUGACCAUUGUCGCCCUCUCGGAAAAACUGAGGACUUCUCUGCACGCCUCGACAAGGAGGAGGAUGAUGAUGAGGAGGAGGAGAACAUGACCUCGGCGUUCUUUAUGCCUGACAUUACUAUUGAUAACAGCACUCAGAACUCGAGAGUCCUUGAUGUGACUGCCGAGGAGAAGGAGACACCGAGACGCGCGACACCUGGCAGGAAAACCAUUGAAUUCACUGAGACGACAGAGCAAACCGAUCGCAGCGUAAACGAGCUUGACAACACCUUCCAGAGCCAACAAAGCUCGGUUGCACCUGAGCCUCGUCCCAAGAGACGGGCAUCUAGUUCUCGUGCCCGCAGCUCUUCAAGCCAAGGCCAGAAGGUUGCCUUCUCCUUACCUGAGAGAUCUGCAAACAGUACCAAAAACGCCAAGGCUUCUAACGUCGCGAACAAGGGCAGUAAGAGAAGCAGUACUUCUCACAUGACCUCAAAGAGCUCGCUCAAAGGUGGCUCCGUUCCAGACUUGGACCCUUUCCAAGCCGAGGACGAGGACACGAUGCCAUCGCCGGAGAAUACCAAAACCCAUUCCAUGGUCAUUGACAUGACAAAAAGCCGGAAGGAAACAUCGACAAAGUCUCGCUCUGUCCGUCAGGAGGCGACCAACACCACGCGCAACUUGACUAGCCAGAGUCAGAAGAGUGUUUCGGUUAAGUCUGCAACCAAACCUUUCCAAAGCAAGUCCACCACGAUCGACUUGCUCACCCAAGGCGGGCUCGACAACACUUUGACUACCGAGGUCAAGGGCAACUGCCCCGCCCUAUCUUCUGAUGCUCGCCGUGUCCUGGACAGCUUGUCCGGGCAUAGUUGCAAGAACUGCAUCGUAUGCACCCGAAUCAAGGCUCACCGUGGAACGGUUACGGCGGCUGAUAUCGCCGAAGGCAAGAAGCGUAUCAAGAUUGCUAGGCCAGUUCCUCCUUCUGAGCAGUACAAGCAGCUGGGCAUGUCUACGGAGGACAACACCAUGCGUCCCUCUCAACCUCCCGGUAAUGCCUUGGCAAAGGUCAUCAAGGGAUUGGAGGAUGAGCUGGAGCAUAUGAAAAUGGACAAGGCGAAGAUGCAGGCUCGCUAUGAUCAACACAACCCCGCUCUCAGCGAAACCAAGCGUAAGCAGCUAUUUGCCGACAUUCAGGUCAACAUGAACCAACAGGAGGUCAAGAAGGGCCAAAUCUACGCUCUGUACGACGUUCUGGAGGGCCAGAAGCAGGCUGGACAGGACAUGACAGACGAAGAGCUCGAUGUGACGGUUUUCAGCAUUACAGGAUUGAGCGUCAGAGAAAUCACUGACCAGAUUACUUGGGAGGGUAUCCAGGGAUAA